AUGCUUUACACUUACCAAAGAGAAAAAUAACACUACUAAUAAAGAUUUCUUUAUCACCGAAAAAUUACCGUUGAGAGAGGACACGUGUCAGCAUGAUUAUCCACCUGUCUUCCUUACUCUCAUUUGGGAUUCCGCACCCACGUCUCAGUCUUUGUUUCUUUGCUUGGGUUCGCUCCGUUCUAAGGCAAAGAAUACUCGCAACUUCAUCUCCCUCCCUCCCGCUCCGCCCCCUCGGUUAGCCCGUGAGCUAUCCUCCUCCUCCGCAAAAUAUCGGCAAUUCAGCCACUCUCCGCCACGGUUUCGCAAUGGGAUUUUAACAAAACUGAGCAAUGUUGUUACUUUCCUGCGUAUUCUCAACCAUCGUCUUUAUCCCCUUUGCAUUGUUUCUCUGCUUCACCAACAGCGUCGUUACAAUCGCCACCACUGAAUUCGACUUUGGCACCCUGACUUUGAGCAGUCUCAAACUUCUCGGAGACGCGCACUUGGACAAUGACAGUGUCAGGCUCACUAGGGAUCUCGCCGUCCCCAACUCUGGUGCCGGCAGAGCUUUCUACUCUAAACCAGUCAGAUUCAGGCAACCCGGCACUCACUCUCCGGCGAGUUUCAAUACCUUUUUCUCCUUUUCAAUUACCAAUCUGAAUCCAUCCUCCAUUGGAGGGGGGCUCGCUUUCCUAAUCUCGCCGGAUGCCGAGACCAUCGGUGAUGCCGGCGGCUUCCUUGGCCUCCUUAAAGGGGACGGCUCUUCCUCUGGUUUUCUGGCUGUCGAAUUCGACACUCUGAUGGAUGUUGAGUUCAAGGACAUUAACGGAAAUCAUGUGGGUCUGGACCUGAAUAGUGUGGUUUCGACGCAUGUUGGUGACUUGGAAUCUGUUGGAAUCGAUCUAAAAAGUGGCGAUCUUGUGAACGCAUGGAUCGAAUAUAACGGCUCAACAAGGGGCUUUAACAUCUGGGUUUCGUACUCAAAUCUUAGACCGAAAGAUCCCUUACUCUCAUUCGAUCUUGAUCUGGAUCAGUACGUAAAUGACUUGAUGUAUGUGGGUUUCUCUGGCUCUACGCAGGGGAGUACAGAGGUCCACAGCUUAGAGUGGUGGAGCUUUAGCUCUUCCUUUGACUCCAAUUUGCCUUCUGGAUCAGGUUCAUCUGCUCCGCCGCCGCCUCCAACUCUAAGUACGAUGAACUCAACCGCUAGUUCCGUGAAGUCGCCUCCCCCUUCAUUGGCUCCUGCAGCUUCAAAUACUCAACCAGAGAAUAGUAAAUCGUCCUGUCAGAAUGAGCUCUGUAAGCAAAAUCCUGGAGCCGUUGCGGGAAUUGUGACAGCAGGGGCCUUCGUUUUGGCUUUAUUCGCCGGUGCAUUCAUUUGGGUGUACUCUAAAAAGGUCAAACGCGUUAAGAAGGCCGAGUCACUUGCCUCAGAUAUCAUCAAAAUGCCAAAAGAAUUUAGCUACAAGGAGCUCAAAUCAGCCACCAAGUGCUUCAAUGCUAAUAGAAUAAUUGGUCACGGCGCUUUUGGGACUGUGUAUAAGGGUAUAUUGCCAGAUAACGGUGAUAUCAUUGCGGUGAAGAGAUGCAGCCAUAGCAGUCAAGGGAAGAACGAAUUCUUAUCUGAAUUAUCCAUAAUUGGGUCCCUUAGACAUCGAAAUCUUGUUCGUCUUCAAGGAUGGUGCCACGAGAAAGGUGAAAUCUUAUUAGUCUAUGACUUAAUGCCCAAUGGGAGUCUAGAUAAAGCGCUAUUCGAGGCCCGAACACCUCUACCAUGGCCUCACAGGCUUAAAAUUCUAUUAGGCGUUGCCUCAGCCCUCGCAUAUUUGCAUCAGGAGUGCGAAAACCAGGUAAUUCACCGAGACGUGAAGACAAGUAACAUAAUGUUAGACGAAGGUUUCAAUGCCCGCUUGGGCGAUUUUGGUUUAGCUCGUCAAACAGAACACGACAAGUCGCCGGAUGCCACGGUGGCGGCGGGAACAAUGGGCUAUCUGGCGCCGGAGUAUCUCCUCACAGGUAGAGCCACAGAGAAAACUGAUAUAUUCAGUUACGGUGCGGUAGUUCUUGAAGUGGCCUGCGGAAGAAGACCCAUUGAGAAAGAUGCUAACGGUGCUGGUAAAGUAGGUGCGAGCAGUAACUUGGUAGAGUGGGUGUGGAGCCUGCACAGAGAAGGGAGGUUGCUAAUGGCUGCUGAUGCGAGGCUGUGUGGUGAGUUCGACGAAGCAGAAAUGAGGAGGGUGCUAUUAGUCGGGCUGGCUUGUUCUCAACCCGACCCGUUUAACAGGCCCACGAUGAGGGCCGUGGUACAGAUGUUGGUAGGGGAAGCGGAUGUCCCAGUUGUUCCAAGGACGAAGCCAUCCACUAGUUAUAGCACAUCGCACCUCUUAAUGAACUUGCAGGACAGUGUCUCUGACUGUAAUGGCAUGAUCGCCGUCACUUCCUCAUCUUCAGACAACAGCUUUAACGUUGCAGAUGUCGUCUGACGCCAAUCAACGGCCGGACCAUUUUCUUUUUUAUCUGUUGACUCAUUAGUGUAUAUACAUAAGUAUUCAUUUAUUCAUGCAUGUAGGUAAACUGGGACACACAUUUUGAAAAUUAAAAUGGGAGGGUACUAGAAGGGCAGGAACGAGUCUUCUUUGUGAUUGGUGUGGUUUGGUUUGUAGAUGCUUUAAUAAGCAAAGCAGCCCUGUUGUGAAAAAAGGGGAAGAGUUCGAGGGGAAAGUUUGGUUGAAGCAUGAGAGGAGGAGUAAGAGGGAGUUUUCUCCGUUCAUACUUGGGCUUUGAAAGAGUUGCAUCACUGGUUGGGGACAGCUGAACCAUGAUGUUGAUGUUGGAAGUUUUGUCUCUAAUAAUAACAAUUCCAUAUUGCAACGGAUCA